AUGGAACCCAAUGUUGCAUACCAUAACUUUAUCUCCUUCACAUCAUUGAUCAUAAUUUUAUCAACUGUUUUUCUCUCUUCUUUUGCUAUUAUUCAAGCAGACAAGUUUAGCUUUACUGCUGAACUCAUUCACAUAGAUUCACCAAAUUCUCCAUUCUUCAAUGCUUCAGAAACCACCACUCAUCGCUUGGCUAAGGCCUUGCAGCGUUCUGCUAAUCGAGUUGCACGUUUGAAUCCGCUGUCGAAUUCCGACGAAGGAGUCCAUGCUAGUAUAUUUUCUGGUGAUGGAAAUUACCUCAUGAAAUUAUUGAUUGGUACACCUCCAACUGAAAUCCAUGCUGCUAUAGAUACAGGUAGCAAUGUUAUAUGGAUACCUUGCAUAAAUUGUAAAGAUUGCUUUAAUCAGAGUUCUUCCAUCUUUAAUCCUCUAGCUUCCUCAACUUAUCAAGAUGCCCCUUGUGAUUCAUAUCAAUGUGAGACUACAAGUUCCUCUUGCCAAAGUGAUAAUGUUUGUCUUUAUAGCUGUGACGAAAAACAUCAACUUAACUGCCCAAAUGGACGAAUUGCUGUAGACACAAUGACCUUAACUUCUAGCGAUGGCCGACCUUUUCCUCUUCCUUAUUCAGAUUUUGUUUGUGGAAACUCCAUCUACAAAACCUUUGCAGGAGUUGGUGUAAUUGGUCUUGGCCGUGGUGCACUUUCUUUAACAUCAAAACUGUAUCAUUUGAGUGAUGGAAAAUUUUCUUAUUGUCUGGCAGAUUAUUAUUCUAAGCAACCCAGCAAAAUCAAUUUUGGUCUGCAAAGUUUCAUUUCAGAUGAUGAUCUUGAAGUUGUUUCUACAACUUUAGGACAUCAUCGUCAUAGUGGCAAAUACUAUGUUACAUUAGAAGGAAUUAGUGUCGGAGAAAAGAGACAAGAUUUAUACUAUGUUGAUGAUCCUUUUGCUCCGCCUGUCGGUAACAUGUUAAUUGAUUCAGGAACAAUGUUCACGCUCUUGCCAAAAGAUUUCUAUGACUAUUUAUGGUCAACUGUUAGCUAUGCAAUUCCUGAGAACCCCCAGAACCACCCUCACAACAGCCGCUUCCCUUUUUCUAUGGAUAAUACUCUGAAACUGAGUCCUUGUUUUUGGUAUUAUCCUGAACUCAAAUUUCCUAAAAUUACAAUUCAUUUCACCGACGCGGACGUUGAAUUAAGUGAUGAUAAUUCAUUCAUAAGAGUAGCUGAAGAUGUUGUUUGCUUUGCUUUCGCCGCAACUCAACCUGGGCAAUCCACAGUCUAUGGAAGCUGGCAACAGAUGAACUUCAUUCUGGGAUAUGACCUGAAACGAGGGACUGUAUCUUUCAAGAGAACUGACUGCUCCAAACUUUAG